GAGUCUAGAACGGGCGGAUCGGGGCAGGAAGGUUCGGAAGUAGAUACUCAUGCCCCGCCCCACGCUACUGCGGGUCGGGUAAUACCCGCUCCAUCACGGAUCAGGUCGGGUAAUACCCGCGGGACAUGUUGAAAUUGCCAUCACUACGCCGAACCUCACUCGACUCGACCCCAAAUCAAAGACAGAAUGAGUGAGUGGUUGUCAUCACCAUCUAGCACCCAGUCGACCCAGAUAAGGAGCAUUCCUAAAAUCCCUAAACCCAAAAAUCCCCAAUUUUCAGUUCUUCCGUCCCAAUCUAGAAUUUCCCUAAGCUAGAACAAGAAAUCGUUUCAAACCCACAUUCCAGAUCUGAAAGUUUCUUCCUUACACCCUUCCUGAAACCAAGUCUCUGCUACUAAACACUUACCCAAAACUUCAAAAGCCAAGAGAACUGAUUGGAAGCGAGAUAGAAGAAAAGGGUAUUCAAGAAGCAUAUCGAUGGGAGGAGCAAUAAUAAGCCGAAAUAAGGUAGAUUCAUGGGGAGGUGCUUUUUUCAUUCCACUUCUUCACAAAGCAUCGUCCCUCCGGUGCCUCCGAAAGGCGAGACUGUUUUGGUGAAGGCGUCGUCGUUGCCUCCCUAUCUCGGGGGAAGAAGCGUUAUGCGGCCAGCAGAAUACGCUGUUGGGGAGAAGAAUUCUGGUGGGAAGAGUAUUAUGGUAAAUCGUUGAAUACAGGGGAGACGACAGUAUCAAGCGAGGGAAAGGAUAAGAAGAGGAGCAAAUUCAAGGCAUCAGGCGGCGGGAGGAAUCCGGGGAGUUCAACGAGAGCGUCGUCGCUGCCGUAGGGAGGGAAGAAAAAGAAAAAUCGGAUGGGGAAGAGAGUGGUAUGAGUAUGGAUAGAUUGAUUCAAUAGGCCUUGUCGGGCCGAGUGCAUACUGCGGCUGAAGAGUUCCAAGGGGCGAAGGCGAUCUUCGUUCCUCGGUGACGACAGAUUUGAGGGAAAGGAGAGCUAGGGAUUCUGACAAUACGCGAGCAGAGGAAGCAGAGAUGGAGGUUGAGUUGUGUGUGGCUAUCAGAUGACGUUUUUUUAUCAUCGAUCUAAAAAUAAAUGUAAGAAAUGAUAAAAGAUUUACGGAUGUGUUGUCAGAACCGAACCGGAGCAUGACCCGGUAAUGCGAACGACUCGCACUUUAACGGUCCAACCGGUAUUAGACCGUUUAAAAAUCGUAAGAGAACCGGUAUCUAAUAAACGUUAUCAGUAUAAAUAGUGGACAUUUCUUAAUCAGAGCUCAUCUCUUUCCUUCGAAAUUGUGAAAUGGAAAUAAGGAUUCAAUUUGAGAGCCCGACGUUUUUGGUUUAUUUCAAUUUUAAAUUUUUUACAAUUUUUUUAAUUAAAUUUAGUGGCUGAAUGACAAAAACCGGACAAGCGAGCCGCUCGCCAACCGCUACAUAAAACCAGAGCGACUUUUAGACUGUUCCGAGCCGAUUUUGUAACCGGAUGGCGAUUUUACCAGUCGGCCCGAGCGGCUCGGCUCGGCUUUAAUAACACUGGUCACAAGUGAUUUUUUUUAUUGAGUGCCACGUCUCAUAUUUUGCCACAUCAUAUUCAACUAACUGUUAGAUCGUAUGGAAAGUUAACGGUUUGACUAAUAAAUUGUUUUUGAAAAGGUUUGACUAUUAUUUUGUUUAAAAUGAAAGCUUUGACUAAUAAAUUGUAUUUACCCUAAAAUUUAAAUUCAUACAUUCUUAAUAAUUUACUAUGAACUUAUUAUAAAUGUUAGUCAACUUUCUUAAUGUCUAGUUGAAGAAUUGCUUUUACGGGUUAACUCAUGACCCAACCGUACUCAUCCGCCACCCAUCCAACCCAAGUACCCAACCCAUAGAAGAAUGUGGUGAAUUGUGGUUCACAAUUAUUCUAAUUUGCUAAUAAUCAGGGUGAAUCAAUUUGAAACGAAAACCACCCAACAUGCCUAUUGCCAACCUAUACCUAACAUCAUCAUCAGUGACGUCUAUUUAUUUUCCUUGUUUCGGAGAAAUAAAAUAGUCGAGUUCAAUUCCCAUUUCCCACCCCAUUAGUCGUCCCUUCCCCGUAUCUGUCCGUAUAGAACCCAAUUCGAUCUUCUCUCCGCCCCAUAAUUAAUAAAUAACCAACACCCAUAAGAAAGCGUCCUCCAAUCUCUCACUAUAUAUACGCGCCAUUUCCCCACCUGUUUUCAUCGCACAAUUCAAACCCAAACAAGAUCGUACACUUAUAUAGGAACAGAGAGGUCCCCUGUCUUCUGAAAGUCUCUGCCUUUCUUCAUUUCUUCCUGAAAAACAAUGGCCAAUAACAACAAUGGUGAUGUCAAACUGAUCGGCGCGUGGCCGAGUCCGUUCGUGAUGCGCCCAAGGAUAGCCUUCAACAUCAAAUCCGUCGAGUAUGAGUUCCUCGAGGAGCAAUUCGGGUCCAAGAGCGACCUCCUCCUCAAAUCCAACCCUGUCCACAAGAAAAUCCCUGUCCUUCUUCACAACGACAAACCCAUCUGCGAAUCCAACAUCAUCGUCGAGUACAUUGACGAGGUUUGGUCCGCCGGCCCUUCAAUCCUCCCCUCCGACGCUCACGACAGGGCCGUCGCACGCUUCUGGGCUGCCUACGUCGACGAAAAGUGGUUUCCGAACGUGAGAGGGGCGUUAAAUGCGUCGAGCGAGGAGGCGAAGAACGCGGCGGUGGGUCAGCUAAAGGAAGGUAUGGCGCUGCUGGAGGGUGCGUAUGAGGAAAUCAACAAAGGGAAGGAUUUCUUCGGCGGGGAGAAGAUUGGGUUUAUCGACAUUUCGUUUGGGAGCAUGUUGGCAUGGCUGAGAGCUCUGCAAGUGAUGCUGGGAGGAGUGAAGCUUCUCGAUGAGGAGAAGACGCCUGGUUUGUGCAAAUGGGCUGCCAAAUUCUCGGCCGAUCCUGCUGUGAAGGACGUCCUGCCUGAAACCGACAAGAUCAUCGAGUUUGCUAAGCUCCUCGUUGCUAAAAACAAAUCUGCAGCAGCGUCCUCUUAGAAGAUGGAUAUGUGUCUCGGCGAUUGUUGUCUUUUGGGUCUGUUUUCCAGCUUUAUGUUGUUGUUUUUUCAUGUUAAAUCGAGGGAAUUGGGAGCUAUCUAUCCCCUUUAUGUUUUACUCUGUUUUGGUCAUCGAUCACACAAUAAAAAUGAGUUCUAGUUUAUGGUCUUACUAUGGGGAACUAUGUCAUAUGUUUUUUUAUUGUCUACGCAUCUUGUGUGAUCUUUGUGAUGCGUAUAAAUUAACCUUUAAAAC